UUGAAAAAUAGUGUUUUGUAGCUGAGAAUUUGCUCUAUUAAAUAAUAUUAUUGUGCUUUUUGCAUCUGUGGCAGUCUUCAUGGAAUUAAAUAGGAAGCAUUACUUUUGAAGCAACCUACAUACGACCAUACAUAUUCUUCACUGCCUUACAGUGUUGUCUUUGAAGAAGGGCUCUAUCCCAGCAACUCUCUUUUCAGCAAGGAAAUUAGAUCGAUGUUCCAAAGAGGGAACAAUUUUCUGGCGUUUUUCAACAUUGAAGACCAAAGGAAGCCCGUGUUAAACACUGAUUUGCAAACCAGCCAAUUCAAAACCUCCCAGUACUUGUAAUACAGACGCUCACAAGCUGAAUUGCAUGAUGUCUUGGCUUGCCAAGAGGAAACUGGGAAUCAAUCCUUCAUUCCACGCAGCUACAUGCCUACCGCACUAUCUAACUUCAAAUACAUCCAUGUACCAUCUUGUUUACCAUCUGACUUAAAUUAGAGAUACCACUCUAAGAGCACCACUGAAAUGAUAAAAAUAAAAAGCCAUGAACAAAACGAAGAAUUUGAUUUUCUACAUCAGUGACGAAUACAAGUGUGCUGUAUCAGUGUACAGCCAGUACAGCUUACGCUGUUACUGAGACAGAAAAAAUAGCAUCAAGUAUAAGCAAAAUUUCAGCAAUGUAAAGCAUCUUUCACACUGACAUCACCUUACAAUUCUUCCUCAUGAAUGUGUACGUUUCUUCCUUUCAUAUUCCCCCCUCUUAGUUUACUGACGACUUUAAGAGGCACAAUUUGAUGGCAAUAAAGAUGAUGAAAAUGUAACACAACUCACAUCUGAUCGCAGAGAAACCCAGCAACUAAUGUAAAACUGUUAAAGAAACUUUACAAGUGUGAUGAGAUAACAAAGAAAAGGAUGCCACUUUCUGUAAUGCCGCUCUCCGCUUCUUAAGAAUUAAAUUCUACAUUGGCUCAAAGGACAUGAAUAUAAACCACGUUUUUGUCUCUGCUCACAUCUUUCUACGUGUCUAGAAAGUGCAGAGACAAACUCACAAAAGCAGAUCCCGUCCCAAACCAUCCCACUGUGACAAAUGCAGGAACUUCUCUGAGGAAGAACACAUCGAAGUGUAAAGAAUCAAACUCAAACCCAGUAACAGCAUACGGCCAUUUAUCUACUUAAUUUUUGAAACGGUUAAGUUAUAUCAUGAUCUUUGGCUUGAAUUCCAUGAAUUUUUAAAAUGGAGAACAACUUAAUAUGACUACUGUCAGACUGGGAGCCUCAGAAUAAAAACAGUUUCCAACAGAAGUAACCUUUGGUCCAGAAAAGACAGUUAUAAAAAACUUCUUCGUGAGCAGUUAGCAAAGAUGUCUUGGGUUGUGUACUGAAACGCUUUCUUCAAGGCCAAGAUCCAGCAAAGUAUCUCGAAAUGUAGGAGCAUUGACUGAGACUCCUCCUCAAGGAAAGGCAAAGUUAGCUUCCUGACUUGGAACCACAGUGUCAGAGCACAGAUCUCCUGGUCGACAAAAACCACUCUGAACAAACUCCAUGUGAACAGCCGUGGCAUUCCUCUCGAUCUAAGCUCCAUACAGCACUAGCCUAAAGUAUCAAGAACUACGGGGGCUGCUAUUACCUGGCUGCCUUGGAUCCCACAUCCAGCACAAGACAGAUGCAAAGAGCUCAGUGCGGCUCCACAGCAAAGCAGUAUUCAUCCUUUGCCAAGUUGUCUUCCACAACUUUCUCGUUUUACUAAGUGUUAUUGUACAAAACUUCUCUGGAACACCUUAAGAGCAAGAAUUACAUUGCAAUUAUAUAUAAUGCACCAGAUUUCAGCAGGAGGGUAGAUUUACCAUUUUUAUGGAAAAAAUCUUCACUUAUACACUGAAUGAGGUAUCUGAAUUUCAGUUUUUAAGAUCUGUCCAAUGAAAAACUCCAAACAACGUGAGGCACCAUGCACUGUUCAGCAAAUGUAGAAAAAGUGAGAAACAAUCCCAUAUAAUUAAAAGCAAUGAAAAGCUGUAGCAAGCAUGCCUUUAAUAAACCUUCCAGCACCUCAGUGUGGGAAGUCAGAAGAGCCUCCUCAUCCACUUAGUGGGGACGUGGCAAUAUCAGCUGAACAGCAAAAGAUCACAAGUUACACGUGAAGCACAUUAGGCUUCUAUUUCAUCACAUUUCACAAACUAAGCAGGAUCAGGACAGCAAUCCCUGACAUGCCUCAGGUAACCGCUGUACGCCUGGUAAUGAAAGUGCACAGAGUACAAAGCAAGCAAACCCCGUGCAGUUACCGAACAAAACCAGCUGUGACUGCCCUGUGUUCCUGCGAUGGUGGCAAUUUUCAGCCAAGGUGCACACACAUCCUAUUCACUGGUGGCCAGUCAAUUCCACAGCGCUCUGACAACCCCAGACAGCUGCCCCGGUGGCUACUCAGCAUCACAGCAACAAAAACCUACUGGUAAUUCUAGUUCUCUAUUCUAGUCAAAUGUGGUCCUCUUUUGCUACCCUGCUCAAGCUAACUAGCAGCCAUACGCUGUUUCUGCAGUGGCUGGCUUUUCAGCAGACCAGACCACUGCACACUUAAGAUUGAAUAGAAAACAAUAAACGCUGCAGUGAAGGAAUGCUGUCAGCGCUGGGGACACCGGCAUGACCUUAUGUUCCACUGAAGUGGAAAUGCUCACUCAACAGCGAUCUUGGAUGUGGGUGGCAUAGAAUCAGAGAAUCAUUAAGGCUGGAAAAGACCUUGAAGAUUGUCUAGUCUGAGAGACAGAGGGAAGCGUGAACUUUUAUUAAAUAAACCUUCUUGCUGUAUGUUCGUGGAGCUGCAUGCCACAGCCAGAGCGACCUGAUGGGGCCUGUGGGAAGACAUGGCCCAGGCGCUGGUGGUUGGUGUGAAACACUGAUGCCGAGCACACAAGAUGUGGGGGGGAAUGGAGCAGGCAGCGGUGAUGGGAAAGCCCAGAAACGUGGGCUGGGGCUGGAGCGCUGCUGGCGCAUGUGCAGCAGGUGAGGCUGGCUCAUGAUGAUGACCAAGCAAUGGAGGGCGGCAUCACUGUGAGACGGGUGGUGAUGGACCCAAGUGAAGGUGAGGACCAGCAACACGGCCAAGCGAUGGUUUGUGACAUCUCCGUGCGAUGGAUUGUGACUGCUCGGCCCACACCACUUUAACGCGGGCGCAGCUGCCCAGCCCAGCAGUUCGUGCCUGGCCUCCAACUGAGCGUGUGUGCGAGGACUGGAGUGUGGACAGGGCGAGCUUUGGAGCUGGAACGUGCUCUGGGUGCUGCUAGCGCAGCCCUCAGCAGCCGUCUCAGAGCCACUCGUGCUUUACCCCGACCCUGCUGGGAGCAGGCAGCUGGGACAUAGUGGAGAGGCGUGUGCAGCAGCACAGGUAAGCAGUGUGGCAAUGCCUCAUGCCGGCAGCUGGGGGGGAGCUUCUUGAGGGACUGCCCCCAGUCCGGUCCAUGCCCGUGGAGUCUCUCGUCCCCUUCCAGCGUGACACCUGCUGCCACAGCAUCUCCGCUGGGGAGCACAUUGCCAUCUCCCACUCCCCCAUGCCCACUGCAACUGGUGGAAGCAUGGAGGCAGCAUUAGACACCCGCUGCCCCAUAUGCCUGGAGAACCAGGACAGCAUGGCAUACACCAUGUCAUGCUGCCACCAGUUUUGUUUCCACUGCAUCCAGCAGUGGACUAGCAGCAGGCCACAGUGUCCACUCUGCAAACAGGGCAUGUAGUCCAUCAUCCACCCUGUGUGGGCGGACAGAUACUAUGAGGAAUAGGUCCUCAGGCCUACUGAAUGUAUCUGGCUUCAUCAUGUCAUCGUGUGGCACCAGCUAAUGACAAGUUGGUUACAAGUUACACGUGCAGUAGAAACAUGUGCAAUUUUUAUUUCCCCAAGUAUAUCACCAUUACAAAGGAAAAUCAUGGAAUGAUGGAGGGCAAUGGAGGCCCAGGCUGGUGCCCCAGUACAUGCAGCUAUGGACAGUGAGGUCACUGACAAAGGGGUUGUGAUGUCAGCGAUGGAGAUGACUGUGACCUCCCUAGCCCUUGCUGUACAGAUUCGGACAUGGGCAGAGGCCAGCGUGUACUUGUGCCUGGACUCCAGUUGAGCAUAGCUGCGAGACUUGGAGCACGCAACGAAUUGGUUGGGUUGUGCUGUGGGGCUGCUGGCAGCAGUUCUUGCUGCCCAUCCCACAGUAUCACCAGUGUUUCCUCCAGCCCUGCCUGGCUCAGGCAGCAGAGGCUGCACAGGGUGCACUUGCAGCAGCAGAGUUCGUAACACCUUCUGCCUGCUGCAGCACCACUGAGGGGAGCAGCUUCCCGACCUCAGCUCUCCCCAGCCCACCGCACAGCCCGGGGCCAUGGACGUGCCAUCCAACUGGACCUGCCCCGUCUGUGGGCAAGGCCGGGAGGAGGUCGCCUGUGUGACCCCCUGCCUCCACCAGCUUUGCUAUGGCUGUGCUGUCUGGUGGGCACAAAAGAAGCCAAGUUGUGCCAUAUGCGGGCACAAAAUCAUCACCAUCCGAUACUCGGUGAGGUCGGAUGAUGAUUAUCUUGAGUGCUCUGUCCCACAGCCCACAGAACCCUCAGAUCAUGGCCUGCAGGAUGAGCAGGGGCCUGCAGAGCCGGUGCUCAUCCCUCCUGAGCACAGCUUCCCAGCUGAGGUCUGGGCUGCCUUUUUCAAGGGACAUCCGGAAGACCUCGCACCCCUGCUCCAGUGGCUGCAGGAAGAGAUCCAAGAGGUGUCCAGCGACGACUGGUGGGAAGUGUAUGUGGGACAGUGCACCACUGUCAACUUCCUGUGUGAGCAUGGGCUCGACCAGGCGGCCUUGGUGCGGGAGCUGCAGCCAGUCACCAGCGGCGACGUGGUGCCCUUUGUAAGGAGGCUCAUCAGCACCGCCGCAGCCCUGUACGGUCCCGAGAUCCGCCGCCAGCUGGAUCUCCGGGACGGCCGUGCUGAAGGAGAGCGGGAGGACAGCCCCUCAGCCAGCCCCAGCCUCAGCGCCUCCGAUCAGGAGCCUCCUGCCUCAGGCCCAGGCCGCUCCACCAGCCCUGCAGCACCCAGCACCGAGGAGCAGCCCGGCAGCUCUGCUGGGGGACCCGGGCACCCCAGCACCACCACCGCGUCCUCAGCGGAGGAGCCAGGGCAUGCGGUGGCAGCGGGCCCCUCCGCCCAGGGCAGGGUCCGCUCUUGCAGGGGGCCCCAGCGCCCCCUGAAGAGGAAGGCCCAAAGCAGCCCCCAGGCCUCAUCCCCGCCCCGGAAGAGGCGGCCCCGGCGGCACUAGGCCAGCACCCCACGGCCGUGAGUGGACGGCUCCGGCGGCCUGGGAGGUCAACAUUUAAGUCUCAGCCUGGUGCUCUGAGA